UAAGGCCUCUAUUUUUGGCCCCACUCUCUUCUUAUUCUAAAUAAAAGUUCAAAUUCAGCUGACAAGGCUCUUAGAAUGGCUAAGACAUAUACAACAAGGAAAUUUGGCAACAAGACAAGCAUAUCCACUAUUCAUUGUUAUAAUGAAUUCAAGAAACAACAAUAUGAGAUGCUACAUUCUUUCCUUACAAACAAUUCUAUUGCUAGCCUCAACCCCUUUUGGUCUAUGUGACAGUGUCAAGAAACCACAUGGUUUAGUGUUACACAAUCAUUUACUAUUACAGCUAACUGAAGCAAAAACCCCAGUAAACAAUCCACCAUACUGCAUAUACCCUCCUCCUCCUCCUUUAGGUUCUGUGACAUCUCCAAGUACACAAACUCCACCCUAUUAUGCACCUAAACCACCAGCGAUUAUCCCACCACCGAUGACUCAUCCAUCGGCACCAAUACCGCCUUAUAAGAAACCAGAGAAUGCUGUUUGGUGUGUAGCAAAGCCAACAGUACCAGAAGUCUUACUUCAGCAGGCAAUGGACUAUGCAUGUGGUUCUGGGGCUGGUUGUGAGGCCAUAGAACAAAAUGGGGUGUGCUUUCAGCCAAAUACUGUACUUUCUCAUGCUUCUUACGCUUUUAAUAGCUACUGGCAAAAGACUAAACAAGCUGGAGGAACUUGUGAAUUUGGAGGCGUCGCCAUGCUUGUUACCGUUGAUCCAAGUUACAACGAGUGCCAUUUCAUCUAUGUCUAAUCAUGGAAGAAGACACUGAAGCAUGAGGAGCUGCGGGUACAACAAAAUAUGUGUGAUAUUUGCAAAGUUAUUUUCUACUACAAAUGAUAAAUAUGAUUAUGUAAGAUACAUUUUUUUUAGGGCAGUCACAUCAUAUAGAGCAUACAUUUACUUAGAACUGUGACUUUUGCCAUGGCCACGGGAAAAGGUAAGGUAUAAAACUAGAGGGAAAAUAUGUAAAGACUAUUAAAGUUUCUUCAAUGACAUUUUUAUUUUUUUAUGUAAUUGGAAAAUACCAUUUAACAUGUUUUGAAAAGAGUUUAAUUCUACUAUGGAUGUUACCAUUUAUAAUUCACAAAGUCUUUCUAAUUCUUCUUGUAGUUAAUCUGCAUGUUUUCUGCACUUGCAGAAAGUAAGUACAAAUCUCCAAGAGGAUAGAGGUUAUUCUAUUGUUACACAACAAUCACUUGAAGGCUUCCAAAUUGUUCUUAAAGUUCCACAGCUUAUGCUUAAACACGCGAUUAUAGGAACCCCUUUUAAUCACAUCAGCUCAUCGAUGAACAAGACUGACGGACUUUCUAAGAAGAGAUCACGCAAAGCAAAUCUAAUUGCACUUUGGAUCUGCAGAACAAUUUGAAGUAUAAAACCUUGGAAAUAGGAGUUAUGGAUCAACAUCCCGUAUAAUCCUUCCUCAUAAGGAAAUAUCACUUUUUUAUAAGCCAAUUCCCGCCCUCCAGGGUAGGGGUAAGGCUGCGUACAUCUCACCCUCCCCAGACCCCACUUGUUGGAAUUCACCGGGUUUGUUGUUGUUGUUGUUGUUGUUGUUUUAU